GCGGGACCUGCCCUGAGCAAGGGAACUUGUUAAAGUCCCGCCGCCCGCGGUACUCAGAGGAGGUGCGCGGUAGCAGCAGCAUGGUCCGGCUCGGUGGCGGCGUGUGCUGCUGCUGCUGGGGGCUUGUCCUGUUGUGGGCGGCGGCGGGGGGCAGAGCAGAAAUCCGCUAUGCAACUGUGUACUGGAAUAGAGCUGCAAAAACACUUCAGGUCAGGAAUAUGCUGGAUAGGCAUGGAGAUGCUUAUGGUUUCUACAACAACUCUAUACAGACAACAGGUUGGGGAGUUCUGGAGAUCAGAGCAGGCUAUGGCGGUCAGACCUUAAGCAAUGAAGAUAUCAUGUAUGCAGCUGGCUUUUUGGAAGGCUAUCUCACAGCUCCGCACAUGUAUGACCAUGCUGCAAAUAUGUAUCCACAGUUAAUUAAGAAUCCCAUCGUUCGAAGUGGAGUUCAGAAUUUCAUGGCGAGACAAGAUCAAUGGACGAGACAACAAAUCAGAAAUAAUAAGGAUGACCCAUUUUGGAGGCAUGCUGGCUAUAUUAUUGCACAGCUGGAUGGUCUGUACAUGGGAGCCCUCGAGUGGGCUAAACUACACAAACAAACACCACUGAGCAUCUUUGAUGUCCAGUUUCUGAAUGCAGUUGGAGACCUGUUAGACCUCAUUCCUGCAUUAUUUGAGUAUUCUGCAAGGGGUGGACAAUGCAAUGUGGAGCCAGGAAGCCAUGGGAAGUAUCAGUGGGAUAUGGGUCACUGCUCUGCACUCAUCAAGGUUCUACCUGGAUAUGAGAAUAUAUAUUUUGCCCAUUCCAGCUGGUUUACAUAUGCAGCCACACUGAGAAUAUACAAGCACUGGAACUUUAAUAUAGUUGAUCCAGACACUAGGACUGGCCGUGUCUCAUUCAGCAGUUACCCAGGCUUUUUGGUGUCCCUGGAUGACUUUUACAUACUAGGCAGUGGAUUGGUAAUGUUGCAGACUACCAACAGUGUGUUCAACCAAAGCCUCAUUAAGCAAGUGGUGCCAGAAUCCCUGUUAGCUUGGCAGAGGGUGCGCAUUGCUAACAUGAUGGCAGAUGAUGGCAAAUCUUGGGCAGAAACCUUCUCGAAGUGCAACUCAGGGACCUACAACAAUCAGUACAUGGUGCUGGACCUGAAGAAGGUCAAGCUGCAGAAGAGCCUUGAUGAGGGUGCAUUGUACAUUGUUGAGCAGAUCCCAACCCUUGUGGAGUAUUCUGAUCAAACAAAUAUUCUCCGGAAAGGUUACUGGCCUUCAUACAAUAUUCCUUUCCAUGAAAAGAUUUACAAUCUUAGUGGGUAUGCGGCGUAUGUUGAGAAGUAUGGCAUGGAUUUCUCUUACGAGCUUGCUCCAAGAGCAAAAAUCUUCCGUCGAGACCACAGCAAGGUGACCAGUUUGGAAAGCAUGAAGUACAUCAUGAGAUACAACAACUACCAGCAUGAUCCUUAUGCUGAGCAUAAUCCUUGCAACACCAUUUGCUGUCGGGAAGACCUGAAUCCUUCUUUUCCAGUGCCUGCAGGCUGCUACGACUCCAAGGUGUCAGACUUCCGCCUGGCUUCAGCGUUCACAGCCACCGCCAUCAACGGCCCCCCGGUGCAGGGCGGUCUUCCUGUUUUCACCUGGAAAAGAUUUAACCACACACGGCACCAGGGCCUGCCAGAAUCAUACAACUUCCAUUUCGUCACCAUGAGGCCUAUCCUGUAAAACCAGCAUCAAUAUUCCCAAGUAGUUUUGGGUUGUUUUUUUUUUAACAGAAAUUUUCAUUCCUGUGUGUAAUAAAUCAACCUGAUGGCCACA